UUCUAACCCUUCAGUCGUCUCCGUGACUCUUCUCCACCCCGUCUCCAAUCGAUCAACGUCCUCCUUGACUUGGGGGCCGCGCAAAGGGACACGGGAUCCCGACAGCCUCGCCCCAGGGCCACGUCCAGAGAUGCCGAUUCUGAAGCAGUCCCCCAUCUCCCAGUCGAAGAAGAGGUCCCGCAUCGGGCGGGACAUGAUCAGCGCCCCGCUGGGGGAUUUCCGGCACACCAUGCACGUCGGCCGGGGCGGGGACGUCUUCGGGGACACCUCCUUUCUCAGCAACCACGGGGGCCCCAAGGCCAACGGGCUGCCCCCCGCCACCGAGGCCCUAGCGCCGGCCCAGUCCCCCAGCCGCCUCUCGGGGUCCUCCAGCAGCCCGGCUGAUUUGGGGGGCGGCCCCGGCGCCCUGGAUUUGCCCCCCGCUGGCUGGGAGGGGGAACUACAACACGCCGAGUCCCUGUUCUCCUUCGAGUUGGAUCUGGGGCCGUCCAUUCUGGAUGAGGUGUUGGGGGUCAUGGACAAGGGCGGGGAGCAGCCCUGGAGCGAGGACGUCAGGGCGGAGAGGCCGGUGGGGGGACAGGGGCUGGGCCACGGGGCGGCUUCCCAGGCAGGGGAGGAGGAAGAGGAGGAAGAAGAAGAGGAGGAGGAGGAGGAGGAGGAAGGCACCGGGCAUGGAUACACAUUUGACGAUGAUCUGGAUGACGAGAUUGGGCUAUAGGAGAGGGGGUUCAGCUCCCCUCCCAUCCCUCCAUUCCCCCCUAUUCCCUCCACCCCUCCACCUGUCUCCUCCCCUGUCCCUUCAUCCACGCCCCUCCUGCUUCAGCCAUCCCCCUCUUCCCUUGUGUGUGUUCUCUCUGUCUUUUCCUCUUUCAUUCUUCCUUACCCUCCUUUCAUGCGCUUCCCCCUUCUUUCUUUUGCUCCUGCUCUCUUUCCCUUCCCCUCUUCGGCCAUUUCUUCCUUUCAUUCUUUUUUUUCGUUCACUUAUUCUUACCCCCUAGCCGGCCCCCUCCCCGUGGCAGUACCGGUUCUCUGAGGUUGGUGAUCCUAUCUGCAGUGGAAAGUCCAAUGUGUUUGAUCCUAAUUUUCACCUCGUUGUCUGUAUGGAUUUCUGGAAUCCUAAUCCACCCACCCGUCCGUUGACUGGUCAACUCAUCAAUACGUCUAUCUAUUAAUGAGCCCCUCAAUCAAUCCACCAACCCACGGAUUGCCCAAUCAACCCAUCAAUACACUGAUCAACUUGUCAAUCCAUUUAUCAAUCAACCUGUCAAUUGAUCAACAAUCAAUCUACCAUCAAAGAACAAUCGGCCCAUUGGCUGACAAAAUGAGCUAUCAACAGUCAGCCCCCCGCAACUGAUCAAUCGGCCGAUGGACCCAUCAAUCCACCAAUUGACCUGCCAACUAAGUUAUCGACCAACCAAUUGACCGAUGGAACAGUCAACAAUCAACAAAGUAACCAGUCAACCCAUCAGCGGACUAGUCAAGAAUCAACCCACCAGUCGACCAGUCAGCCAACCAGUGAAACAGUCAACAAUCAACCAACCAAUUGGUCGGUGGAAUGGUCAACGAUCAACCGAUCGACUAGCCAACCCAUCAGUGCAAUAGUCAAGAAUCAAGCCACCAAUCGACCACUCAACCAACCAGUGGAACAAUCAACCAACCUGUUGACCAACCAAUCAAUCAAUCCACCGAUGAUCUCAGCAAUUGACCGAAUAACCCACCAAUCAGUCAGCAUCCCACUUCCUCUCCCUCAUUCCCCUCUCCCAAUGGGAGAAGGAACUCCUGAACUGAAAGAAGAGACAGUUUGAUGUUGGUUUUGUGUGUAUCCAUCUCACACCCCAUCUGGACUCUGGGCUCACAAGAGAUGGACUCGGACAAGGGCAGUGGUACCGGGGUGGUUGAGGGGCACGGAUCAGCCUUGAGAAAAGUGAUUUGGGUAACGCUGUGAAAAUGACCUGGGUUCCCUCCUCCCCCACCCCCUAUUUCAUGCCUGGGGCUCCCCCCACAUGGAAGGAGAAUUACUUGAGACAUUAACGGAUUAUAUUCACCAGGGGUGGAAGGCCUAGGAUCUAAUGGUUAGAGCAGGGGGGGGCUGGGAGCCAGCACUCCUGGGUUCCUGGCUCUGGGAGGGGAGUGGGGGCUGGUGGGUUAGAGCAGUGGGGGCUGGGAGCCAGGACUCCUGGGUUCUCUCCUAUAUUUUUAGGUGGAGGUGCCUAGAGGGUCUGGUGGAUUAGAACAAGGGGGGGCUGGGAACUAGGAGCAGUUUAUCCCAGCCCAGAAAAAGGUGGGGUGGAGGGGAGGGGUACAUUUCACUUUCCCUUUGAGGGCAGGGAUGUUAAGAUUAUUUUCCCUGCUCCAGAUUUGGUGUGUGUGUGGGGGGGAGGAGGAAUGUUAUGAAGUGGGGCAAUAGCUGGUGUCCUAGUGGCGGGUGUCAUGGAUUAAUAAGGGGUCCCCUAAUCUGGGCCCAUGGACAACAGGGUCAAAUGGAGCCAAUGCAGUGUGGUUCUGUCGCCCCCUAGUGGACUGAUCGGGUAGAAAGGCUACUGACGCUGUAGCGCGGGGCCUGCUCUUACAGUUUUGGGUUCGAGUCCCUGCAGGGUGGGGGACCGGAUUGGGGAUUGGCCCACACCCCCUGAGGGAGAGGGAAAGACGGCUAAAUGGGACCCGUAUUGGCUGGAUUAAGGAUGGAUUGCAGGAGACAGCUGAGGGAGGGAGAGAGGAAGAGGAAAGAAAGAAAAAUGUGGGUGGGAAAAGCAGAGAGAGUGUGAAUGUGAAAGGAUGGGAAGGGAAGGUGGGAGUAAUGUUAAAUAGGACUCCUGGGUGCUCUCCCCAGCUCUGGGAGGGGAGUGGGGUCUAGUGGUUAGAGCUGGGGGGCCAGGGCUCCUGGGUUCUAUCCCCGGCUCUGUCAUUGGUCCCCUGUGUAACCCCAGGCAAGUCCAUAUGUCAGUCUGUGCCUCAGUUUCCCCUUCUAAAGUGGCGCUUAUGAUACUGCCCUAAGGAGGAGGUGGGGGGAGGGAGGGCUCUGAGUUUCUCUGCUGAAAGCUGCUCCACGGGUGCUAAGAUGAACCUGCCUUCCAGCCACUGCGUGCAAGGGGGAGGCGGGGGGCUGGAGGUUGACCUGAGCUCAGUCCGGAGCCACCCCCAGACUGCCACGGGGCCAGGGCCGGGUUCUAAUCUCCCUUAUGCUCUGUCUGACCUUGUGCUAAUUCCUGGGUCUCAUCACCCCAGUCCUUCGGUAUCCCCGCUGCUAGCCCCGUGCCUGGGACGCUGACCUUAACGUCUGCCCCCUGCCCUCCGGGUUCCCCCCCCCAUGUUAAAUAGCGGGAUGGAUCUCUGCGUAUAUUUUUUUAUAUCUCUGUAUAUUCCCCCCCUGUGUAUAAAUGUCCAUUCCCCUCCCCCAGCCCUGCGGCAAGUUCACUCUAAAGCAAAUCUUUCUAGUGAGAGAAAAAUGUUUGUAUUUCUUACCAUUAAAGCGCGACCUUCGGUCUGGA